AUGGUCUUGCCAAAAGUAAAAAGGCCAUCGAACCGUACUACUCUCACGCAAGAUGUCUCUCUUCAAGAAACUGCGAAGCCAAUGAAAGACUUCAAUGAACCCAGUGAUACGGAGAUUUUAAAGUUCAAUCACAACAACAAAGAAGCCGAGCUAAAAGCAUCUCAAAGCACCUCGGACGACGCACUAGAGCAACUUAUGGUCAACAUGGUUGCCGAUCAACGCAAGUAUCUCGCAGCCCGUAAGCAAGAUAUUACUGAAGACUACAUUGAGCAACGCGCAGUAGUCCUAGACGACAUCCACAUGGCCUUUGGCGAUUACGAAAAGGAAGCAUCAGCAGCUCACCAAGCGCAACUCAGGGGCCUCCAGGAUCUGCUAGCACAGAAAGCCAACAUCGAAGCUGCAAUGACGAAGCAGUUAGCCAGUCUGCAAAAGACAUAUGAUGCCCAUUCGCGCGAUCUUGAGACAGUCAUUACUCGGCAACUUCAGGACAUGAAAUGAGCUAAAAC